UCUCAACCUAUGAAUAAAGACAAUACUGAAAUCCUGGAGUUAGUUCAACCCAAGAUCUAGGAGACCUUAGUUAGGUUAAGUUCAUAAUAAUCUCAUAAGUGCACUACUAACUAUAUUACUUGAACCCUUCGCAAGGAAACCUUUGGUGCUUGAGUUUAAUUUAAAUUGAAACUUGUGAACUGAGUGACAAGCUAUACUACGAAUUUUUCUUACCCUUCGGGUCCCUAAUUAUACUAACGAAACCCAAGCACCAUGAUUUAACAAAUUUUUUGCUUUUUACAAGGAAGAAGCACUUAUAUCUUUCUAAAACUUCUUCCUUAUUUUUCCUCAUUGUCUUUGGAUGUACUUUCUGAUGAAGAGAUGAAAAGAAGAAGAGGAACCUUGAUUUAAUUAGCAAUCUCCCACAUCUUUUCAUUCAGUAACAUCUUAUGAGACUCUUUUGUUCAAAUUUUGGAAUUUAAAAACUAAAAUACUAAUAAAUUCAGAUCUUAGAUGUAUAUCUUGAACUUUAUGAAACCCUAAAAAAUAUCUAACAUAUAGAAGAGAGGGAACUGUCUUGAAAACAGAAAAUAAAAUUCACAAAAUAUUUGGAAAAGAUUACUUUUUUAAUAGUUUUUCAGAAGAAUUAGAGCAUUACAAUAUUCAUGAUUCAGCUACAGAAGAUACUUUUCCUCAAGAUAGACCUAUAAAAUUUAUGAGGCAGGAAACACUAGCUUUUGUUAAGAAACUUAAUUUUUUCGUAUCGUUUAUUGUUGAGAAUUUUGAAUUAUUUUUUGUAAACACUAAGAAUAAAAAAAUUGCAAAUUGCAUCAAACGUUCAUUCCCAGAGAAGAUGGCAGCUUUAACAGUUUACUCUGGCUCAUAUAUUCCUCAAAUAACCUCUCCUGUUUUCAAUACAAUCAUGAGGAUUAACUAUAAAGUAUUUAAGCUAAUUAUUAUUAGUAAAUUCAGAAUCAAUGCUCACCAGUUUAAGAGAAUCAUGGCUUCAUAUAAGAACAUUUCUGAAAUAAAAUUCGCUGGUUGCAAAAUCUUAGUCCCUACAGUCUUUGACCUUUCUAAAUCAAUGAGGAAUACCAAGAUCAACCACCUUGAAUUUGUAUUUUGAGGAAAUCCUGUAUUUUCUGAUUGGAAGGACAAUCCUUAAAAAUUUAUCACCCUAAUUCAAUGACUAGCCACUUCUCCAGAUUUUAAGCUGAGCAUCAAAACAAUAAAAGUUGUGUACUGUGGUAUUGGAAGAAAAACAUUAAGACAAAUUCUUGAUGAAAAUGGAUUCAAUGAUGUUAAAUUGUAAUAACGAAUUGGCACACACCCUUACACUUUCAUCCUCUCAUAAAAUACUCACAAAUGGGUAAGUUUAGAAUUUUAAAUUUUACUAUC